CACGCCCCCCUCGAGACGGUGAGGUCCCUGGGCUUGAUUACAACUUUAUGUCCAUAGAGGACUUCCUAAAUCUUGAGCAGUGCGGAGCACUAUUGGAAAUAGGGACGUAUGAAGGUAACUAUUAUGGGACCCCCAAGCCGCCGAGGCAGCCCGUGGUUGGGACAGUGAUUUUCAGAGAUGCUGUGCUCCUCAACGGCCCCCCAGGCUCCCAGCAGUCCACUCCCAAGCACACCAAGUCCUACAAUGACAUGCAAAACGCCCGAGUAGUGCCUGCUGACUACGAGGAUGACGACCAGGCCACGGAAAUGAACAACAGUUUUACAGGUAACCCUAGCGACCAGGACGAGAGCCGCGGCGGCGUUCUCCGGCCAUAUCCCGCGCGUGAGAACGCUCCGUCCUAUGGUCUGAACAACGUGGCCGCCUCCACCUCGGACAACGGGCAGCAGACGCACGCCCAGCCCCAAGCCUCUCCUGAAGACCCCCUGGGACCCCUGCCAGACAACUGGGAGAUGGCCUACACCGAGAAUGGAGAAGUCUACUUUAUAGACCACAACACAAAGACCACAUCGUGGAUCGACCCCCGCUGUCUUGAGAAGCCUCCGAAACCUCUGGAAGAGUGUGAGGAUGAUGAAGAAGGGGUACAUACUGAGGAACCAGACAAUGAACUAGAACUGCCUGCAGGAUGGGAGAAGAUAGAUGACCCAGUGUAUGGGGUGUACUACGUAGAUCACAUCAACAGGAAGACCCAGUAUGAGAACCCCAUAGUGGAGGCUAGGCGCAGGAUGCAGCUGGAGCAGCAGCAGCCGCAGCCUCCUGAAGGUGAGCGGUACAUUCGAGAGUGGAUAGAGGAGCACUCCUCAGCUGGUGCUCCCCUGGCCAACUAUGCCAAUAACCACCUAGAGACGUACCGCGACCCGCAGGUCCCGCCCCCGCUGCCCCCUGCUCCGGGAGGGGCCAAACGAGGGAAGCCAUUCUUCACACGGAACCCAGCGGAGUUGAAGGGAACUUUCAUCAACACCAAACUGAAGAAGAGCCGCCGCGGAUUCGGCUUCACCGUAGUUGGGGGCGACGAGCCGGAUGAGUUCCUGCAGAUCAAGAGUUUAGUCCUGGACGGUCCUGCUGCUGUGGAUGGGAAGAUGGAGACAGGUGACGUGAUAGUGAGUGUGAACGACACCAUCGUUCUGGGCUACACCCACGCCCAGGUGGUGAAGAUUUUCCAGUCCAUCCCGAUCGGCUCCAUGGUGGACCUUGCCCUGUGCCGCGGCUACCCCCUGCCCUUUGACCCUGACGACCCCAACACCAGCCUGGUGACCUCCGUGGCCAUCCUGGACAAGGAGCCCAUCAUCGUCAAUGGCCAGGAGAGCCACAACUCUCCGUCCAGCCACGGCAGUCAGACCAGAGGGCCUGUUAACGGGAUGAGGGAGCCGCGGGCCCACAGUCCCUCAGCAGAGGUGGUGUCCAACGGCUCUCACGGCUACUCCUCCAGCGACGUGGUCACCCUGGCAUCAUCCAUCGCUGGGCAGCCAGAGCUGAUCACAGUGCACAUGGAGAAAGGCGAUAAGGGCUUUGGAUUCACCAUCGCUGACAGCCUGACGGGAGGGGGUCAGAGGGUGAAGCAGAUCGUGGAUUACCCCCGCUGCAGGGGCCUGAAGGAGUCAGACAUUCUGAUGGAGGUGAACAAGAGGAAUGUCCAGAACAUGAGCCACAACCAGGUGGUGGACCUGCUCAGCAAGUGUCCCAGAGGGAGCGAGGUCACCAUGCUGGUGCAGAGAGGAGUGGUGCCGGCCAAGAGGAGCCCCAAGCUGGUGCAGCAGCUUGAGAGGAAGGACAGUCAGAGCAGCUCCCAGCACAGUGUGUGUAGCCAUCGCAGCACCCACACAGACUCCCCCAGCCACCCCCCCUCCAACAUGCCCAGUGAGGCCAUGGCCCCACCUCCGGCCGCACCCACUCAGCCGCUGCCUGGCUUGCCUCCGUUGCCCACCCAGGACCCUGGAGAUGGCACCAUAACCCUCCAGAAGAAGCCAGACCCCUUCAAGAUCUGGGCCCAGUCCAGGAGCAUGUAUGAGAGCAGACAGCCAGAUUGCCAGGAGCAGGAGAUUUUCCUGUGGCGGAAGGAUACAGGAUUUGGGUUCCGCAUCCUUGGAGGAAAUGAGCCCGGGGAGCCGAUCUACAUUGGGCACAUAGUGAAGUACGGUGCAGCAGAUGAGGACGGACGCCUGCGUUCGGGGGACGAGCUCAUCUGUGUGGACGGCACGGCGGUGGUGGGGAAGUCUCACCAGCUGGUGGUGCAGCUGAUGCAGCAGGCCGCCAAGCAGGGCCACGUCAACCUCACCGUCCGACGCAAGAGCUCUGGAUACGGAGUUUCGAAAGGGGAGGGUGACGUGCCCCCGUCCCCUGCCUCGUCCCACCACAGCAGCACCCAGGCCCCCUCCCUGACGGAGGGCAAGCGGACCCCCCAGGGCAGCCAGAACUCCCUCAACACGGUCAGCUCCGGCAGUGGCUCCACCAGUGGCAUCGGCAGUGGGGGAGGAGGUGGCUCUGGCAGUGCUGUGGUCACCGCAGCCCUGCAGCCCUAUGACGUGGAGAUCCAACGUGGAGAGAACGAGGGCUUCGGAUUCGUCAUUGUGUCAUCUGUCUCUAGGCCUGAUGCUGGAACUACGUUCGGGCGCAUCAUCGAGGGGAGCCCUGCGGACCGCUGUGGGAAGCUGAAGGUGGGCGAUCGCAUCUUGUCCGUCAACGGCUGCUCCAUUACCAACAAGUCCCACUCGGACAUCGUCAACCUGAUCAAGGAGGCCGGGAACACAGUCUCUCUGAGGAUCAUUCCUGGUGAUGAGUCCUCCAACGCAUCUCUGUUGACCAACGCUGAGAAGAUUGCCACCAUCACCACCACACACACACCCCAAACUGCCACGGAGCCCCGGAACAACUCAAAGUCGAAACAGGCUCCUCCUCCACCUCCUCCAACACAAGUUCAGGACUCACAGGACGCCGAGUUCUACUCUGUGGAUCUGGAGCGGGACAGUAAAGGCUUUGGGUUCAGCCUGAGAGGAGGACGGGAGUACAACAUGGACCUAUAUGUGUUGAGGCUGGCUGAGGAUGGGGCGGCUGUCAGGAACGGCAAGAUGGGGGUGGGAGAUGAGAUCCUGGAGAUCAACGGCGAGAGCACAAAGAACAUGAAGCACGCACGGGCCAUCGAGCUGAUCAAGAAUGGUGGCCGGAGGGCACACCUGCUCCUCAAGAGGGGCGAUGGAUCUGUGCCUGAAUAUGACUCCAGCCAUGACGGGCACUCUCCCACACCCAGGGCACAAAACUCUCCGGAAGUGAGAACCCUGCCACCAAACAGCCGAUAUCACCCCUCAUCGGAGUCAAGUUAUCCACCAGACCUUCACAAACCAUCACGCCACAAGGAUGCUGCGCAGGGCCGAGACAGGGACAGGGUGGAGCACCAGGGCCGGCACUUUAACCCCCACCACCAUCACACCUGGAACAACAACCACAGCCAUACCACCCCCAGCCAACACUACCCUGAAAACAGCGGCGGCAACAAUAAGAAGAGCCGGGGCCGCAAAGUCAACAAGUCAGAGUCAGAGAGCGGCAUCUCAAAACUCUUAAAGACUCUGCGUAAGGACAGCUCUGGGAAGAAGGCUGCAGCUGCAGCGGCAGCUACAGAACGAGAGCGGGAGCUCUCCGCUAGUAGCAGUACUCUAGACCCGAGGUACAGUCGACCACGCCGCGGCUCCCUCGACCGUUCGCCCACCCGUAAACAUAACGCCUCCCCUGACCGACGGCGGGCCAAGUCCAUGGACCGCAGGGCAGAGCGAGCACACCGAGACCGCACACCCGAGAAGGAGAACGAGGACGGAGGUUUCCUCAGUCAUGCGGCUACUCCUGAACAACCACUCUACGACCGCAGGCUUGUGAGCGAGCCACAGACCCCGGGCCGGGCCUACUUAGAGGCCACCACCCCAGAGCGCCUGAACAAAAGGGCUUCCUCCCUGUCUCUUUCCAGGGGGUGGACUCCUGAAAGAGGCAGCCUGAAGAACGGCAACCUUCGGAGGGACUCGCCGGUUGAGACGAGGGAGGAGAGGUAUGUGAUGAACGGAACGCCAGAGAGACGGUACAGGUCAGAGAGAGAUUCGUCUCCAGACAGCAGCUACAGCAGGGAGGAGCGGAACUACUACAGUACACUAAAGAACAAUGCCUCCACUCACAACCACGCAGGCUACAACAAUGCAGGACACUGCAACAACGCAGCAGGACACAACAACGCAGUAGGUCGCGCCCAGAACCAGUUCCCCGAGCCUAUGAGAAGGCUUUACAAAGAGAGCCCCAAGGACCUCAGCAUCUGAGUGGACAGAGCCUGGACCCUGGCCUAUCACCCCCCAACCUGUGUAGGCUACAGUACAUACACUGGACUUGGACUUCUGAAGAGAUUAACUCGUGAUUUAUCCAAUCGCCUGGUUGAUUGAUUCAUUGAUUUGACUACUUGUGAUCCGGGACAGAGAUUCAUACCACAGCAGGAGUACAAUCUUUUUUUUUGUUCGUACUGUAUGUUUUGUUUCUGUUCUCAUUAUUUUGAGCAUAACUGCAGUUGUUAAUACUGUAGUGAAGGUAUGUGUAUGUGCCUAUCACAUCACAAAUGGCGAUUUACCUUUUUUGGGGCAUCUCUGUUUGAAACCUCAGAAGGAACACAUACAGUCGCUAGUGAAAGUCUACACACCCCUUGCACAGUCUUCACAUUUUGCUGCCUUAAAAUGUAAUCAAAACAUUUAUUAAAUUGGAUUGGUAGAACAAUUAUCUACAAAACCUACUCCACAUUUUCAAAGUGAAAGAAAGAUUAUAGAACACCCCCCCCAAAAAAAAAUAUUGAUUGCAUGACUCUUAGCGCAACGUAUAGCUAUUGUUUUUGUCAAAAUUGCUCAAGCUCAGUAAAUGUGGUCGGGAAUCAUUGAAGGCCAGCAAUAUUUCAGCCUUGUCUCGGAUUUUCAAGCAAAUUUAAGUCAGGACUGAGACUGGACAACUCACACUUUACACCUCUUCGAAAGCCCUCCUGGCGCGUCUUUGGUAUUAAAAUGUGUGUAAAUGUCCCGGUGACAAAUACAACUCUGUCCCAGGGUUAGGUUUUCCAAAAACUACGGCAGGUUUUUACCUGGGCUUUGCUCCUUUCAUGUUUUUUUUUACCCUGACAAACUCCCCAAUCCCUGCCGGUGACAAGCCUACCCAUAACAUGAUGUGCCAACACAAUACUUGAAAAUACAGAGAGUUUUUCUCUGUGUUGCAUUAGAUUUAAUUCAAACCAGCAGUUUUUAUUUAGUCCAAAAAGUUAAUGUAUUUGCUAUUUUGUCUUGCAGUAUUAUUUAACAGCCUUGUUGCAAACAUAAUUGAUGAUUUGGCGUGGAUGUUUUAACACAGGUUUCCUUCUUUUCACUUCAUCAUACAGGCCACUAAUGUGGAGUGAAUGCAAUGUUGUAGAUCCUCUGUAUUUUCAAGUAUUGUGGUGGCAGCAUCAUGUAAUGGGUAUGCUUGUCACCGACAGCAAAUGGGUUUGUCAGGAUAAAAAAUAAAUAUAUGAAAGGAGCAAAGCGCAGGUCAAAAGUCUGAGAAAAGUCCACCGUAGUCUUCUGAAAACCUAGAGUUAAUUAAUGCUAGACACACCAGAAUGGCUUUCCAAGAGGUGUUGAGUGAUCCAGUCUUAGUCCUGACUUAAAUAUUCUUUAAAAUCACAGACAAAGUUUGAAUAUUGCUUUCCAGCAAUGAUUCCCAGCCAAAUGUACUGAGCUUGAGCAAUUUUGACAAAAACAAUGGAGCUAUGUUGCCCUAAGAGUUGGUAAAAUCUUAUUCAAAAUUAUUCCGUUUUUAUGUUCUAAUAAUAUUUAUUUCACUUAAAAAAUGUUUAGUAGGUUGUGUAGAUCUAUAGAAAAGAAAAUCUAAUGUAAUCCCUAUUUAAACACAAAUGUUAAGUUAGCAAAAUGUGAAGACUGCCAGGGGUGUGUAGACUUUCACUAGCGACUGUAUGUGUUCCCUCUGAGGCUUCAAACAUACUCCUUACUGUGGUAACUGGUUCUUCAUGGUGGGCUUGUUUUUAAUAUGUUUUUGAUGUCAUUUUCCACCUCAGAAUUGCUUUAUAAAGCAAACUAUAGCACAAGAUGUUGGUAGUAGUGACAUUUUAUGGACAACUGCAGUCUACUAAGUGAAUAUCAUACAGAGAAAAGGCAAACUCACAUUUUUAUAACCAAUAGUAGUUUUAGAAAUAAUAUAUUUGAAAUCAUCCUUUUUGCAUUUGUCUAGCUAUUUAUUUUCAAUUGGCACAUACCACAACGAAGCUUGGUAAAAGCUUAAAGGACCAAGUUAUAUGCCCCAUAACCUGAAAAUAAGAAUAAUUGUUAUCCCUGCUGGAUUUGCUGUAGAAUCGCCCAAGAGGGAAACUAACAUCCAUCUCCUCUUCUCUCAGUCAGACGUGUCUGAGUAGACUGCCUGUGGUGGAAAUAAAAUGAAACAAAGUUUUGUAUUCCUAUUCAGAGGAAAGUAGAAGCAACAUGUUAACUGACUGGAGCCUGUAACACGAAGCCUGCUUCACAGUUAUACGCAACAUGGAGAGGUUGACGAAGAGAGGUCAAGUCAAAUGGUUUGAAAGUAACCACAGUCCUAGAAUGAAUUGAUCCUAUAUAUCGAUGUAGACGUGAGGAAAGCUAAACCACCACAUCUGAUUGGCUUGAAGAUUCAAUAGAAAAUAUUGAUCAACGGCCCACUGAUCCCAUACAGGUGAUAUGGGAGUAAUUCCUUUCUUCCUCUCCCUGUCCAAGGAAAUGAGGUGAUGAUGUAAUUAUGUAAGGGAAGUUGUUGUGAUGCUAACAUAUGGAAAGUUCCGGAACGGAAGUAUCUGCCAUGCUGAGCCAUGCUUUCACACCACUGUAUGACUGCUGCUUUAACCGUGUUUUUCAGAAUAUUCUCUGUUUUAUGUUUCACAAAAUAUCUAAAAUGAUAUAGGAAAAACUACAACCAAUGCAUUCUGUUAUCACAGUUUUUUCCAUGGUACUGUAAAAAAAAUUGCAAAGAAGAGCAACAAAAAUUUGACAUUUAAAGAAGAAUAUAACCUGCCGGCCACCAUCUGUACAGAAUUUUACAAUGUAACUAAUAGGAACCUGUCAAGGAAUAAAUUGCUGCCUUUUUCUUGUACAAAAGAGAAAUUUAUGAGAAACCUCUGCAGUGAGGAAUGUGAUAUUGUGUUUAUAUUUCUGAAAUGGACCUGAUGAUUCAUGGGAAAUAUGUUAAUGUACUCUGAAUCAGGUAUGUAAAGACAUUCUAAAAAUGGAUGACUGUAUUUGGUCAAUUAGAAGCUGUUUGUUGGUUUGAAUAUCUCUUGAUGGUUAGCCUGCCUUUGUAUUAUAAAGCACUUGUAUGCAGUCUGUGUUCUUUAAGCAUUAUUUCUUGCAAUGUGCUCCAGACAUAAUGCUAUAUCUGUGUUGAUAAAAGCAGUACAUGCAUAUGGGCCAAUCUUUUUUAUAAAACACUAUGCAUAUAUAAAUACUACAUUGUUCAUAGCUUUAUUUGACCCAUGAAGCUAUACAUAACAUUAGUUUAAGUACAAGUAGAUGUGGACUUAUCCAGUAAAGCUUCUUUCCUUGAGAGGGAUCACAAUGUAUAUGUAGCUAUCAAAAGAAGUCUGUGAAUGCUAUUUUUAUUAUCAAAUAAAGUUUUCCAUACAAAUUCA